AUGUCUAUAUUGCUUGGUCGACCGAGGUUAGUCAACGCAAUAGACUGUGACGUCGAACUGCCUAUAAAUUGCAACUUCCCCGAAAGUAUCGAGAGUAUGCAUUUGUCGACUGCACAAGCCUACAGCUCCCACGAUACCAGAGUUCCCUCAUCCGUCUGUCUUAGCUUGCUCACGUAUGAGCUUUCACAGAAAAUCCACGAAAUAAGAACUCUCAGAGCAGACAAGCCCGGCUUGCAAGACUACACUAUUAUCCAGCGACUUCAUUCCGAAAUACUAUCCUUGGUGAAAGAGCUCCCGUCGACGAUUCGAACACCAAACCCUGAUACUUCAUGGGACCUGCAGUUUCCUAUCAUACCGCGUCUGAGGGAGAAGAUAUUCACAGCUGCAUAUUCAUUACUCAUGGCACUCCACCGGCCGCACGUCGCAAAGCACAUGCAGAGUCGAGAAACCGUACUGAAAGCCGGUCUCGCUAUUCUCGAGUCUCAGCAGCGAUUCUUUGAAGCUAUCACUCAGUUCCACUACGCAUACUUCGGCAAUGCUUUCUUCAGUAUCGAUGCAGUGAUCGUGCUGUCAACCGUGGUCUCCAGCUUCCCCUCGAAAGACGUCGACUUGCUGCAACAAAUAGUGCUUGCUACCCAACAAGCAAUAGGCCGCUUGUGUCUCAUCGAGACGGAGAACGAGAUGGCUCGCGCGGGCAUCAAGAUCGCGCGUUCAUCCCAUCAGACAGUCAAAGAUGCGUACAACAGGAGCAAGCUUCUGAAUCCGGUACCGACAUCAACUUCAAUUACGCACGAGUAUCAGGGCCUAGAGGAUGACACCUUUCAGCGAAGUCAUCAAAUUACAUUACCGGAGUUGGGCGACAGUUUUGAUACGGGUUUCCCGAUCUACCAUAACGCUGUUACGAAUGAAGCGGACUUAAAUGAGUCGAUGAUGUCGAUGAAUCAGACGGGAGCAACGGAGUUUGAUAUUUCGUACUGGAUGGGUUACAGACAACAAAUCGUUAAUGAUGCGGUGGACAUGUUUGAUAGUAACAUGAAUUGA